AUGGAGCCUGAGUACAGAGCUCUGCCUUCUCAGGACAAAGCCCUUCUCCAGAGGAGCCGGGAAGAGGAAGUGGUGACAGGAGUCGGACCUCUUAAAGCCAUGUCUCAGGGCUUAGUGACUUUCACGGAUGUGGCCAUAGACUUCUCCCAAGGAGAGUGGGAAUGGCUGAACCUUGCUCAAAGGAGUUUGUACAGGAAGGUGAUGUUGGAGAACUACAGGAACCUGGUCUCUGUGGGUCUUUGCAUUUCUAAACCAGAUGUGAUCUCCUUAUUGGAACAGGGGAAGGAGCCCUGGGAAGUGAGUGGAAAGAUGACAAGAGAUAACAAAAGCUUAAAAAAGCACUCAGUUCUGAGAAAACACAAGCAAGUCUCUGAAGAAAAGAAACUUUUGAGAUGUAAUGACUGUGAGAAAACCUUUACCAAAAUCUCAACCCUUACACUCCAUCAAAGAGUUCACACCGGAGAGAAACCAUAUGAGUGUAUCGAGUGCGGGAAAGCCUUCAGCCAGAGUGCCCACCUCACUCAACAUCAGAGAAUACACACAGGAGAAAAACCCUUUGGAUGUUCUGAAUGUGGAAAAUCCUUCAGCCAGAAUGCUCAUCUUAUUCAACACCAGAGAGUUCACACUGGAGAAAAACCUUACCAAUGCAAGCAGUGCGGCAAAGCCUUCAGCCAGCUGGCACACCUUGCUCAGCAUCAGAGAGUUCACACUGGAGAGAAACCCUAUGAAUGCAUUGAAUGUGGGAAGGCUUUUAGCGACUGCUCAUCCUUAGCUCAUCAUCGGAGGAUUCACACUGGGAAGAGGCCUUAUGAAUGUAUUGACUGUGGGAAAGCCUUCAGGCAGAAUGCUUCCCUUCUACGUCAUCGAAGAAUCCAUACUGGAGAGAGGCCUUACAAAUGUAGUGUAUGUGGGAAGGCCUUUAGCCAUGGCUCAUCCCUGACUGUCCAUCAGAGAAUUCAUACAGGAGAGAAACCCUACUGCUGUAGUAUUUGUGAGAAAGCCUUUAGCCACCGGGGCUCACUUACUCAACAUCAAAGAGUCCAUACUGGAGAGAAACCCUACGCGUGUAGGGAAUGUGGGAAAGCUUUCCGGCAGAGCACACACCUUGCUCACCAUCAGAGAAUUCAUACUGGUGAGAAACCUUACGAAUGUAAGGAAUGUGGGAAGACCUUCAGCCAGAAUGCACACCUUGUUCAACACCAGAAAAUACACACUGGAGAGAAGCCCUAUGAGUGUAAGGAAUGUGGUAAGGCCUUCAGUCAGAUUGCACACCUUGUUCAACACCAGAGAAUCCACACUGGUGAGAAGCCUUACAAGUGUAUUGAAUGUGGGAAGGCCUUUACUUUUAGCCAUCGUAAGUCCCUUACUCUCCACCAGAGAGUUCACACAGGUGAGAAGCCUUAUGAGUGUGCAGAAUGUAGCAAAGCCUUCAGCCAGAUUGCCCAUCUUACUCUUCAUAGGAGAAUCCAUACUGGAGAAAGGCCCUAUGAAUGUAAAGAGUGUGGAAAAGCCUUCAGCCACCUUGGCCCUCGGGCCCAUUCUCCGGCCACUGCAGGCAGCCGAGGGAUGGCCACCCAGCUGCUGGCGGAGGGCACUCUGGUGAGUCAUGCCAUCCCCACGCCUCCUCUCUGUGCACGGCCUGGGCUGGGAGCUGGAGGCUCGGAGACUUCCGCCCCCCAGAGCCCUCCGGGGCCUGUGUCUCCUGCCCUGCACCCCGUGGCCACCCCGACACUGGCUGCGAGCUGUGCCGGGAAGGACAGGCAGCUCGGGAGUGGCCAGUCCUACCCUUGGGGCUCUUGGGGGACACAGGUCAGCACCCAGGAAAUGAUGGUUUAG